CUGGCUGCCUGUCUCUUGUGGAUCCGACCGGCAUGUUGUCGUGGCAUCUUCAAUCGGCUUCUUUCGUCUCAGCCACAGCGUCGAAUCCGCAGGUUGCAUGAGCUUCAAGUGCUCCAAUCGUCGACAUUAUCUUUCCGAGGUCGUCCUACCCAAAGUCUUUCGGAUGUUCAGCUGCCUAGCGAUGAGGAGGACGAAGAAGGUACCAUGUAA